GUUUCUCUCUAUUCGCCGCCAUUUUGGAGUGACGAGCCUUCUUUGUGCGUCUUGUCUUUCCCGUGCGCUAAUCUUAAAAUGUCCCGGGAUAGGUACCGAAGCCGCGGCGGUAUGGGUGGCGGUGGAGGUAUGGGGGGCAUGGGAGGAAUGGGAGGAAUGGGAGGCAUGAGCUUGUACCGCCGAGGUAAUGGUGGUCGUGGAAUGGGAGGAGGUGGCGGUGGUGGCGGCGGAAUGUCGAACUACCACCGUAGCCCGGGGUACAUGGAUAACAAUCGCAACACUUCUGGGUUUCAGCAAAACAAGCCGACUCAGCAGUCACCACAACAGCAGCAGAAACCCGCGCAGCAGAACCAGAGCCAACCGCAGAAUCAGACCAAGCCGGCUCAGCAACAAGCGGCAGCACCAGCACAGGCGCCGCCUGCCCAGGAACAAAAGCCGGCCGUACAGGAGCCCGCCAAGCCCGCCCCGGCUCCACAGACCCCCGCCGCUAAACCUGCUCCCCAGACUCCCGCUCAGUCCCCUCAGACUAAACCAGCCCCGUCUCCUCAGACUAAACCAGCCCCGUCUCCUCAGACUAAACCAGCCCCGUCUCCUCAGACUAAACCAGCCCCGUCCCCUCAGCAGAAGCCAGUGGUUACCCCACAGCAGAGUCCGCAACAGGCCAGCGCUCAGAAACCCGCUAUCCAGAACCAGGCCCCAAAAGUGCAGCCCAAAAUGAUGCCCCCUCCUAGCCAGCCCCCAGCUCAGCAGCCACCACCGCAGCAGCACCAGCCACCACCGCAGCAGCAACAUCAUCAACAGCAGCAGCAACAUCAGCAGCAGCAACACCAUCAUCAACAGCAGCAAAGGCGAUCUGGGCCCAACAAUCAGAUCGGCCAGAAGAGGCCACACCAGUCCCGCUUCCACUCCCAUCCUCCGCAACAUGAACAGCACGAUGUCAACAUGGACCACGCCAGCCAUGAGGAGCCCUUCACUGAAGGUGUGAAGGCCACACUGUCACUUUUGAAGAGGCCAGGAGAAAAGACCUAUACCCAACGCUGCAGGCUGUUCGUUGGAAACCUUCCUACUGACAUCAGUGAUGAUGAAUUUAAAAAACUGUUUUCGAAGUAUGGUGAUGCUGGAGAAGUUUUCAUCAACAAAAGCAAGGGGUUCGGUUUUAUUAAGCUGGAAACAAGGGCACUGGCUGAAAUUGCAAAAGCAGAACUUGAUGAUUUUCCUAUGAGAGGCAGACAACUUCGUGUACGUUUUGCCACUCACUCUGCGGCCCUUUCCAUACGCAAUUUGUCUCCAUUUGUAUCAAACGAGCUAUUGGAGGAAGCAUUUAGUCAGUUUGGACCAGUUGAAAGAGCCGUGGUCAUUGUUGAUGACCGUGGAAGAUCCACAGGAAAAGGAAUCAUAGAGUUUGCUGCAAAGCCUGCUGCUAGAAAGGCAUAUGAAAGGUGCAAUGAUGGAGUCUUCCUUUUGACAACAACCCCAAUGCCUGUUAUUGUGGAGCCACUAGAGCAGUUUGACGAUGAAGAUGGCCUCCCAGAGAAACUUGCCCAGAAGAAUCAUUUAUAUCAAAAAGAAAGAGAGGUUCCUCCACGAUUUGCCCAGCAUGGAAGUUUUGAGUUUGAGUAUUCUCAGCGCUGGAAGUCUUUAGAUGAGAUGGAGAAGCAGCAAAGGCAGCAAGUGGAGAAAAAUAUGAAGGAAGCUAGGGAGAAACUAGAAAGUGAAAUGGAUGAUGCUUACCAUGAACAUCAAGCCAACCUUCUGCGACAAGAUUUGAUGAGACGUCAGGAAGAGCUAAGACGCAUGGAGGAGAUGCACAACCAAGAAAUGCAGAAGCGAAAAGAAAUGCAGUUGAGACAAGAGGAGGAACGCCGCAGACGUGAAGAAGAAUUGAUUCUGCGACAACGUGAAAUGGAAGAACAGAUGAGACGUCAGCGGGAAGAGGGUUACCGUAUGAGUUAUAUGGACCCAAGAGAACGGGAUAUGCGCAUGGGAACAAACUCAUUGUCCAUGGGAGAUCCAUAUGCUGCAGCAGCAGCCCCAAAAUAUCCAACAAUUGGAUCAACUGGCAUGGGCUACGAGGGCAGCCCAGGUGUGACACAGGCAGCAAUUGCCUCCUCUCUAAUGGCGAAUGACAUGGUAAUGGCGAAUGACAUGCGUAAUGAUCGCUUUGUUCAGGGCAAUGCAGGGACCCCCAGUGCUCAGGCCUCCAGAGGGAUUGGGUCAGUUCCUCCUACAGCAAGUGCUGGAGGCUAUGGGAGGGGGAGAGAGGAAUAUGAAGGGGCACCGAAGAAACCAAGGUUCUAGAUGGCUGCCUAUCAACCUGAAUUUUUUUUUUUGUUAACACUUUUAUCUUCUAUUUUACUGAAGUAACCUUUUUAUGAAUGCUCUAUUGCUUGACCCAGUAUCUGUGAAGCUGGCUAUGAUAGAUGUAGGUCUGAGUUAUUAAGUUUCUUUUUUUUUUUUUUUUUAUGGCAGUGUAUGUUCAUUCCCAUAAAUGGCCCAAAUUUUAUUUCAAUUUUUUUUUUUUUACAUGUGCUUUAAGUAUUCUGGAUGCUACUUAACUCUUGGACUUUGCUGUUCAGAAUUUCACCAGUUAAUCAAACUUAAAUACUGCUAGAAAGGAGUAUAUUGGCAAGACCACUGCUUGGCAUGCCAUCCAGCGCCAGACUGUAAAUAGAUGGGCAGCUUUAUCCCCAACAAACAGCUGUAACUCAAACUUGACCCUCUUGUGUUAAGAUGGCAGUCCAAUUCUAAGUAAUGCUCUAAUUUGUGGAUCCCCUCCCUGUGGUUCUGGGAUGGAUCGGAUAAUGCUAAUUUAUGUGUUUGAGUAUUGUGGUGAGCAGAAACGCGAUGAAACUUGUCCUUGUAAUACAUUGUAUUAAAAUACUUAUAAAUAAAAA